AAAACAACAUGGACGACGGCGGGGAUUUGCAAAAAGUGUAAACAAUGAAACCAAAUUCUCAUUAAUACUGUUAUCUGGUUUGCAGAAGCAAUAGGCUUUCAACACACAAACCUACUAUUACCGGUAUACUUUGGAUAAACACAAUGGAAGUGUCUGAAACGAGUGCAGACAGUAAGAUGAUCACAGAUGACAGCCAGUCUUCUAACAUGGACCUGGAAUCGUCCACCACUCCACCUGAUAGUGAGGUGGUUACGUGCUACUGUCAAAAAUCUCGGAACAUAGGUAGCGUAGAGCUACAGUGUUCGACAUGCAUCAAGUGGUUUCAUUCUGAGUGUGUCAGCUGUUUCAUUGGGAAAUGUAUCCCGUUCAUGGCAAAUUAUCACUUCUGUUGCAAGAAUUGCAGUCCAAAUGGGAUGGAGAGUUUCCAGAAGAAACCAGCUACAUUUACUCAAAUGUGUUACACAGCUCUGGCCAAUCUUAUGCAUCAGUCGAAGAUCAAAGGUGACAUGCAGAUCAUGUUUUCCAAGGAUAAGGACAUUAUUCCGUACAUUGACAAAAACUGGGAGGACCUGACGACAAAUCCAAGACGUAUCAAACUAACAUGGCAUACAACUAUCCAUAAAAUAAUGGCUAAAGAAUCUGAGAUGUUCCUGUGUGAUGAAAUGAUGUCAGACACCACAUUUGGACUUCUCAACCAGGAUUUGUCGAAGAUUGGUCCGUGUUUUGAUCUUCUCAUUGCCCCGGUGUCUAAAACAGGAGCACCUCUUCCUGAGAUGGUCUCAACUAAAGGUCGUAGUGCUAAGAGAAAAACUCCGUUUGACAGUCAGUUUCAACCAGGGUCAAAACAAAAGAAAGGUGAGAUGUCGGUGAUGAAGCUGCCUCUGCAUGGUUAUCCUCUAGAACACCCGUUCAACAAAGAUGGCUACCGCUACAUCCUGGCCGAACCCGACCCUCAUGCUCCCAACAAACAAGCCUUUGACGAGAGUCUCGACUGGGCGGGCAAACCAAUUCCAGGAUACUUGUAUAGGAUUUACCUAGCUAACGAAGUGUACCUGGCACUUCAUGAUAGAGCCCCACAGUUGAAGGUUGCGGAGAACCGACUGACCGUCACUGGGGACAAGGGAUACAGCAUGAUCAGAGCAACUCAUGGGGUGCGGACUGGAGAUUGGUAUUACGAGGUGAUCGUAAACGACAUGCCGGCCGAAUCUGCCGUCCGAGCGGGAUGGUCUCAGUCUUUAGGCAACCUGCAGGCUCCGUGUGGCUAUGACAAGUUCAGUUACUCGUGGCGGUCUCGAAAAGGCACGGUGUUUCAUGAGAGUCACGGCAAACACUACAGCGACGGUUUUCACAGGAAGGAUGUGCUAGGAUUCUACAUCAGUUUACCGCGGGUCACAGACCCAGAAAAACUUCUUCCUCCAACGCAUAAAGACAAGCCUCUGGUGAAGUUCAAGAGUCAUCUGUACUACGAAGACAAAGACCACGUGGCAGAAACAGUGAAGGAUCUAAAACCCGCUCCAGGCAGCAAGAUGGUAAUGUACAAGAAUGGGAAGACCCAGGGGCUGGCAUUCUCUGAUUUGUUUGAAGGAGUGUAUUUUCCAGCUGUCUCGCUGUACAGGAAUUCUACAGUGACCUGCAAUUUUGGGCCCAUCUUCAAAUAUCCGCCAAAAGAUAUCAAAACAUACAAGCCUAUUUCCGAAGCAGCCAGCCAGGCGAUGGUACAAAGUUCUCUGGCAGAUAUUCUCUUCCAUAUAGAAAAUGAAGGAAAUCUACCCGAAUUCUAGUAGUUUAUAUAUAUAAAAAUGACAUUUAAAAACAUAACAAAUUGAAUGAUAUCGGAGAUACUAUGUGUCCUGUUCACUAGAAGGAAAACAUUCAGCUGCUGGGAGAGGGGGGGGGGGGGGGGGGGGGGAGGCUAAUAGCCAUAGUGAAACUGCUAGCAUUUAUUCAGAUAUUGAUGAGAAGAUAAACUAUUUUUACCAACAGUGAAAUUAGUUCAUAAUGACAGUGAAAUGAUCUUGUGCAACCUUCCUGAACGUGUGUAUGGGUCAGAGUAUGUGAUUUGAUUUGUAGAGUGUUGCUUGAAGAAUUAAAUUUAUCACUCUAACAAAUUCUUGUAUUUGAACACUAGGACAUAUUUUUUCAGUAUUAGAGCCAUUUUUGAUAAUUGAAAUUAAACAUUAUUUGCAUGUUAUUGUUUAGCCUAUCCAUUUUCAUAUAUCCAAAGUGUUUCUGGUCAUCCUGGUGUUUCUAAUACCACAAACUGCAUUUUUUAUAAUCUUAAAACACACAUACCUCUAAUAAGUAAUGGUUCUGGAGUCGAGCUCUAGUUUAUUUUUAGAGGGCAUUUAUCCCGUUUCAACAUGUCACAGACUCGUUUUAUUCUAUUGUAACUUCAUCUAGAUGUGUUACGUGUUUGUAGAUUAACCAAACUUGGUGUCCGUCUAUUGUACCUACAUCUCGAUGUGUUACAUGUUUGUAGAUUAACCAAACUUGGUGUCCGUCUAUUGUAACUUCAUAUCGAUGCGUUACAUGUUUGUAGAUUAACCAAACUUGGUGUCCGUCUAUUGUAACUUCAUCUAGAUGUGUUACAUGUUUGUAGAUUAACCAAACUUGGUGUCCGUCUAUUGUAACUUCAUCUCGAUGCGUUACAUGUUUGUAGAUUAACCAAACUUGGUGUCCGUCUAUUGUAACUUCAUCUCGAUGUGUUACAUGUUUGUAGAUUAACCAAACUUGGUGUCAGUUUUCAAGUUUGAAAUUAGGAUCUGCGACUUUAAAUGUGUUACAUUUAUAACUUGAAGGCAUAAUACAUUGUUGCAGAAAAUAUUAACAUUUUCCUCAUCCAGUUUAGUUUUCUACUCCGAUUUGCCCAUUGUAAGUAAUUAUGUUUGUAAAUAUUAUUUAGAUUUCUUUAUACUGAUUAGGAUAAACAUGUUUUAUUAUAUGUUUAGUAGCCACAAACCCUCAUCACACAGAACUUUUAAGAAAUGGUGUAUUUGUUAUAUAUACAUUUUCAUUUUGUCAUUUCUGUGAAUUGUCAGCCAGUGAUAUUGAAAUUGUUUUUAAAUCUUCAUUUACAAUAAACAGGAGUGGAAAUGAAUGUUGAAUAUUUGAACAAUAAAAGUGAUUUACUGCCAAUUCAGUGCUAUCAUUAAAUAAGUUGGUAACAGUGUGUGUGUCCAUUAUAAAUGUAUAAUACAAUCUUCGUCAUGAAAA